AUGAAACGCGCUCUCCCUUCCAGCCACAGCGGGGAGGAGCCGUGUCAGCGAGCCACGGCCCUCCCGGCGCCUCUCUCGUGUUUUACAGCUCGGAUCGGAGCCGGGGGAAGAGCCUGGAACCUCCGGCCGGUCCUUCUCACCACCGGUGCCCAGCGCCCCUCACACCACCGGUCCCUCACGCCCCGGGCCGGCCGGACCCUCGCGGCCCUCCCGCCCGUUGCAGCGGGUAACGGGCUCCUGAGGUGCCGCAGCCCGGACAAACCGGAGACACACCACAGAAGAGAAUUUCACAGUGCUGAGGUCCCUGAAACCAUCACUCUCAGAGAUUGCUGAGGAUAUGAACAAGUUGGACUCUACUGCUCUCCAGGGAGGAUGUUCUGGUGCAACGUGACAGUGCUUGUGGAAAUGGAUUUUAAUGAAUUAAUCCGGGUGGAUUCUCACCUUCUGCAUCAUCCCUGCCUUUUGCACUCCAUGGUCACUGGGGCAUUGCAGCCCCUGAAUGCAUCUGUGCACCACAUCCAGAGUGGCAUGGGGACAUCUGCACAGGGACAGGGGCAUCCCAGGUUCUUUUCUCCUUGGAAUGCACCACCCAGCGCCCUGGCAGAGGUUUCCUCCUCCCUGGAGGCCAUGGUGAAAUAUGUCAAUGAAUGCUCCUAUUCUGAAUUCAGUGCUUGCCCUGGGAAAAGCAGCUGUGUAAACCUGGAGGUUACAAACCAUGGGAUCCUCAGUAUUACCAGCAGCAGCUUUGAAAUGUCCUGGCUUGGCAGUUCCACUCUGAACCACCCUUUCAAGGGCCAUGAAGCUGUGCAAAUACUGAAGGCAGAGGAAAUGCAAAUGGAUGUGUCUCACCUGGAGAUAGGCGUGAUGUAUUCAGUAGAGAUCAGCUAUGAAACUUGUGGAAAAAACAUUAUCUCCAGUCAAAAUGUGAAAAUAGAGGCCAAGAUCUUUGAUGUUACUCUGAGGAUUCUCAACUACAGCCUCACUGAUGAUUUCCAUAAUUCCAGCAGCUCAGCAUAUGAGGAAUUUUCAGGACUGUUGCUUACAGAGGUAAAAUUACUAUAUCCACCCAACAUUUCUGCCUUGUACAAAUCUGGGAAGCUGAAAGUGCAGCUUGAAUCCCUGGCAGCAGGAAGCAUCAUUGGAAGGCUCAGAAUCACUGUGCAGGAUCUCAAGUUUCCAGUGGAUGCUUCCACAUUUGCCCCAGUGCUUUGCUACCUGCACAAUGGCUUUGUGAUUGUGGUGGACCAGGAAAACACUGCAGAAGACUGGGAUGAAUGUGCUUCCCAAUCUGAGAAUGACUGCUCUGUGUUUGCAGAGUGUGUCAAUUUGAUGGGCUCCUACCCGUGCAGGUGCAAGACAACCAUGGAUACCAAUCCAUCCCAACCUGAAAGAAACUGUGAAGGUGAGGCUGUGGAUCCUCUCACUGAAACCAUGGCUCCUGAAAUAAGAAACAGCACGGACUUUGCUCUUGAAGAAAGAAGGCCUGCAGGCCCUGCUGCCACUGUCACCACCCUCAUCGCACUGUUCCCUGCUGCCCUGGGUGGCAAACAAUUGUCCCACAGUCCCACCAGUGCUCCUCCAAACCCUUGGGAAGAAGAUCUGGCCCCACAGAUGAGCUUCAGCAGGGACAGCACCCCCAUGGCCACGGGGGUGCAAAAAUCUCUGCCCCUCGAGGUGCUCCAGCAGAAGGAUGCUGGUCUGAUUAAAGUGCUGGUAAGGAGUGUUGCUAAUGGGAGCAGAGUGAUAAGUUUCAAUUUGUUGCUUGCAGAAGUGGGUGUCCACCAUGUCAUCCCCACUUUUUCUUCUCCAACCCCUCUUGUCAAACCCACCCAAGAGGAUUCCAUUGAAGACACAGUGAGUGUGUUUUGUGAAAUUGAGAGGAUGGUCCUUGCCAUCCAGAAGAGAUUGUUGCAGCAUCAGUCCAUUCCAGAGAGUUCCCUGUUCCUGGGGCAGCCUGGCUGCACUGUGAGCACCAGCAGUGGCACCCAUGCUGUGCUACAGGUGAGAUGGAGUGACUGUGGCACCCAAGUUGAGACUAACAUGACUACUACUGUGGUGAAAACCAGCCUUCAGAAUGAUGUUUCUGCUCAGGGAAUAAUCCACCACUGGAAUGUUGCCAGUCCCAUGCACUGUGUGUGUCAAAACGAUGUCUUGACUUCCUCAGGCUGUCCCAUCCCAAAUACUUACACCCUGCUGCUGGAAAAUGGGAAUUUGAGCAAAACUCAGUUUAAGUUGAAAAUUUUAUCCUUGGUCAACAACUCUGUGCUUUACUUACACUGUAGAAUUCAUAUUUGUAUGGAGUCACCAGGAAGCACCUGCAGGAUUAGAGAGAAGGAAGCUAGAAUGGGAAUGGGAUACACCAUCCUCAUAGCCCUUGCUAUGUUUGGUGUUGUGCUGGGAGUUGUGACCCUUCUAAUUUCCCAGUACCAGUGAAAGACGAGAAGAUAAAACCACAGGAUCAAGUCUGACAACUUCAGCUACCAAGUGUUCUACGAUUAG